CUCUCAUCCCCGUGGGCUGACCUGUCCCACCCCUCACACAGAGAAUGGGCGCGGGCUAUUAUUCAAAAUGGGCGAUCUUUGUGCUACGGCGAUCCUUGUGCCUUACAGCCACGGCCGCGGUGGGUCCUCGGCUUCCUUGCUUUAGUCGACGGCACCGGCGCGGGCGGCGUCGUGGGCUGAGUCCCUCGGCGUGGGGCCUUCGCUCGUGGGUCUUCGUGGGCCUCUCUCGU